CAGGAUGUAGGGGGAUGCACUACGGGAAUAAGGAGCUCUGCUCGCCUAGUCCAGCGCGGACUCCGAAUCGCUGACCAGACCGGCCCACCGAGAGCCAAUGUGAGCUUGACUUGCCAGCCCUGAUUCCGGCUCGUGGAUGGUCAGCACCAUAUGGAGUAUAGCCCGUGUCGAAUGACAGGAAAGUUCCGAGACACUGGUGCUAGUGUGGAGAGGGACAUCACGCUUGCUCAGCUUGUUCGGUGCCGCUCCACUGCGCAUCCCGUCUGCAUGGUCACGAUGGGACAGCCAGCUGGGAGGCCCGGCUCAGAAUCCACUGUACUUUUUCUGUAUCUGAUACGCUCACUGUGUCAUCAUGGAGUUUCCUCCCCAUUCACAUGCGAAUGCUCAGGGGCGAAUGCAUUCGUGAUGUCAACGCAGCGGGCUGAUGUCGAUGGGGACCAAACUUCGAUCUACAGAAAGGGUGCAACGACAUGCUUUCGCAACCCCAGUGAGAGUCAUCACUCUAUUGGCCCCUUCCCAAAGAAACUUGGAUUUGGAAUUCUCAGCCGGCCUGGCGGUGCUGAGAGGUCGGAGAUAGCUGGGGGCCCAUUAGAAUCGGACCCUCUCAGCCACACUAUGCUGCAAAGGGAACGAUUGUGGAUGAGGGACAAGCUUGCCACUAUUGCUCGGUUGCACAUCUGGCUGAAAAGCAAACCCACAUGAUUGCAUCAGCCCCGGUCAACCACCCUGGCUCGAAGUCUCGUUGCUUUUUGCUCUUAUAUAAGUGGGAUCCCCUGCAGCAGAGCACAUCUUCUCCCCAGACCGAGGAUACCCUCUUAAUCAAUACCUAUUUUCUUCCAUGUGUUAAGUCGCCGGUUUGCGUCGCUUUCUUUGUUGUAUAGUGAGUUGUCGCCG